UUUAGCAGAAUAUACCGUUGAACAUGCAGAUUUGGGACCAAUCGGAGAUAUUUUAGCUUCAUCAGGAGGUGUGAACUCAUCAGUUUUAGUAAUACAGCAACAUGACGGGUAUAUCUUCAUCAAGAGGUGUGAACUCAUCAGUUUUAGUAAAACCCGAUAUUUCCACAUUCAACAUUUUGAUUAACUGUUGUUGUAAACUAGUCCAAGUGAAUCACGGGUUCUGUUUGCUUGGAGAGAUUAUUAAGAGAGGUCAUCAGCCUAAUGUUAUCACUUUCACUACAUUGAUUAAUGGGUUGUGUGUUCAAGAAAAGAUUGACUUUGCAUUCAAGGUGUUCGAGAAAAUGAUCGAGACAGGUGUUCUACCUAACUCCUUCACAUGUAAUACUCUAUACACGGGCUUUGCAGAACUGGUAAAGUUGAUCUUGCUCUUCACCUAAAAAACAAGAUGGUGAAAUGGAACUGCAGACCUAAUGUUGUUUCAUAUUGUGUGAUUAUAGAUACUCUUUGUAAAGGAGGUUUAGUUGAUAAAGCUUUAGUUCUUUACUUCUUUUCUCUGAAAUGCGUAAAGAUUUAGAUGUUGUUUACAUUUCUUUGAUCAAUGGGCUUUCUAGUUCAGGUGGCUUGAAUGAGGCCAAGAGAUUCCUUGAAGAGAUGGGCAAUAGAGUAAUCUCUGCAGAUGCAAAGACUUAUAAUUCUAUCAUUCAUGGUUACUGCUUACAUGGUCAAUGGAAAGAAGCGAGAAGAUAUUUUGAUCAAAUGAUGGAUCGAGGGAUUAUAUGGCUAAGGGUUUGAACAAUAUCCAUAUAAUCUGAAGAAUAAAGAUAGAUGAACAUGUCUUGGCCAUGGGUUGCAGCGUUAAGUAGUUAAUCUCUUUAAAAAAUGACAGCGGAAGAUAAACGACUUGAUUCAAUGGCAGACUGCAAAUUUCAGGGCACUGAAAUCAACUUAAAAAUGGGGUACAACGAAGAGGGCGGAGAGGGAGCUUUAUCUGAUAGAAAUGAUCAGGAAAUUGUCACAUGCUGUUUCUCCUGGUCGAACAAGGUUGGAUGUCAACUAUGGUGUACGAGCAAUGAUGUUGGUGGUGAUGAAAGUGAAAUCUCUACUACAAUGUUCAUGUCUAGACACACUUCAUUUUCCAACCCAGCUAUGCCAGUAAAGCCUGAUCGCAGUACAAUGACAUUCAUGAUUGUUUGAAUCACAAUAAAGUGUCUCUACUGGGUGUGGAGGAAGGUGAGAAUCUGACAAGUUUGAUUGAAGUAGCUGGAAUCUCAAAUGAUAAUUGGAAGUACCAGAUCCAGAAG